AUGUCUGUCGAUUUGGAAAAGCGUAUCGAAGCAUUGGAAAAGGGCUCUCAAUUCGAAGCAAAUCAAAAUGCCAUUCGUCAGCGAGAAGAAGAAAUGCUGACAACUCUACGAGGGAUUCGUGAGUCGAUGGCAAAUGCAACUACCAACACUGCCUCCUCUGCAGAACUCGACAGUCUCAAGGAAGAGAAUGCUAAACUGAAGGCUUUAAUCACCAAGCAAGAAUACCGAAUGCGCCACUUGAUAGCAGGCUACGAACAAUUGUUGGACGAGCAGAAGGUUGAGGAAGUCGUGCAGGAAGUAUGA